UCUCCAAUAUUUUUGAGACAAGUUAAAAUAUAUUUACUAUAUAAACAAAGUAAAUAUUCAUCGCGUAUGGUUGGUUUGGACAAUUACUUAGUGAAAAACAUACUUUUGAGCUUUUGAUAAUACUUGCCCCCUCCACUUGAGGACUAUAUACUAAACCCUCCAUCUUUGUCUCUCUUCUAAAAAAUCAAAGCUCAUAAGCAGAAACCUUCAAACCUUCCAGUUUUUUUUUAUUCUUUAAAAGUUUGUAUAUUGUAUCGGACUCACUAAGGGAAGAAACGAAUCAAUGGCAGCAGAGGAGAAUAGAACGUGCGAGCCUUGCAAGACUUUUGGACAGAAGUGCAGUCAUGUCGUGAAGAAACAAAGGGCCAAGUUUUAUAUUCUUCGCCGUUGUAUCGCCAUGUUAGUCUGCUGGCGUGACAACAACCACGACCGCAAGGACUCUUGAUUUGUUUUCUCUUGGAUAACUCCUCCUGCUUUUCUAAUAGCGUUUUAGUCUCUUUUCUGUCCGCUCAAGACAAUUUUAGUAGCUUUUACUUGUGUACUCAUUGUAUCACCAUCCGAGUUCAAACUUGGCAUAAUAUGCAUGCUACAUUUUUUUUGGUAUAUUGGUUCUCAUCUGCCUUUUCGUAAAAUUAUUAACGUGAAUACGUUUUAUCAAUAUGUAUGAGUUACAUAAAUAUGGUUACACAACUAGUGUUAAGAAGUUGUAUAUUAUGAGAUGACAGAUCUAUAGCUUAUGUAUCUCUUAGAAGAAACAAUAUUUGCAGUAUAGAAAUUAACUGGAA